ACCCAGCUACGCGGGCGCACACAAGCACAAAGUAGCAUCGCGGAGAGCAGCAGCAGCAGCACUGCGGCAGCUGUAUUCAGUCUGCCUGUCUGUGAGUGCGUCGACGGCGUGUAGUACGCACUCGCGCUCGCGUUAUAUUAAAAAUACAGCCAGAAAAUCAAAGAAAAGUCAGAUCGGAGUAAAAUUGAAUUUGUUCGUUGCCGUUUGUCGCAUCGGGUGUCGUGGAGUAUUAUCUAAACGAUCAACUUCUGAUCGAGUGUGCAAGUAGUGUGCCGAGGAGAUAUUGUUGAAUCGCGAGGUAAUCAGAGGCAGCGAAAAAGGUUAAUAAAACAAAUCAAGAUGUGGCGGAAUGCUCCCGUACGCUACGGGAGUUACUUCCGACCCGCAAUUUUGCUCGUUAUUUUGUCAACGUUUGCGUGCGGAACGUUAGCUGAAGAUGAAACUAUGGGUCCGAUUUUCGUCAAGGAACCACCGAAUCGUGUUGAUUUCUCGAAUGGUACCGGGGCUGUGAUUGAAUGCCAAGCCAGAGGAAACCCGCAACCUGAUAUUAUUUGGAUUCGCUCUGACGGUACUGCUGUUGGAGAUGUGCCUGGAUUGCGACAAGUAUUGCCGAAUGGUAAUCUUGUAUUUCCACCGUUCCGGGCUGAAGAUUAUCGCCAAGAAGUUCACGCACAAGUUUACAUUUGUCUUGCUAAAAAUGCCGUGGGAUCCAUUCACAGCCGCGAUGUCAACGUAAGAGCCGUGGUCGCACAAUACUACGACACAGACGUAAAUAAAGAGUACGCGAUCCGAGGGAACAGUGCUGUCUUAAAAUGCGUUGUGCCAUCGUUUGUCGCCGAUUUUGUCACCGUUUUAUCUUGGCAUACCGAUCAGGGCGAGGAAUUUGUGCGGAACACCGAUGGCAGCGCCAAUUAUGCGGUAUCACAGUACUUCGAAGUGCAGGUGUACGACGUGUUCGCGAUCCGUGGCAACGCAGCGAUAUUCAAAUGUCAAGUACCAUCGUUCGUGGGCGACUACGUUGUCGUCGCCGAAUGGAUAAGCUCCAGCGAUGAGAGUUUUACCUUCGACAACCAGUCAUACGACGGGAAAUACCUCGUACUUCCAUCUGGAGAACUUCACAUUAAAGAUGUUGGUCCCGAAGACGGUUACAAAACUUAUCAGUGCCGAACAAAGCACAGAUUAACUGGCGAGACAAGAUUAUCGGCGACUAAGGGACGAUUGGUGAUCACCGAACCAAAUAGCAACGUAGCACCAAGAUUAGCCGGUGAACGUUACGAGGGAGGACGGUUGGUCAACGUGGUUACAGGCCAAGUGGUUGGUCUGAUUUGCGCGGUUCAGGGCUCACCCGCGCCCAUUCAGAGAUGGUAUAAAUUCAUCGAGGGUACAUCCCGGCGUCAGCCAGUGCAACUGAACGAGCGUGUUCGUCAAGUAAGCGGUACUCUGAUUAUUCUAGAAGCUCAAGUCGAAGAUUCGGGCAAGUACCUUUGCGUGGUGAACAACUCAGUUGGUGGUGAGAGCGUGGAAACCGUGUUGACGGUGACAGCUCCAUUAUCAGCGGAAAUCGAGCCAAGUAGUCAGACCAUCGACUUUGGUAGACCAGCAACCUUUACCUGUAACAUCAAAGGAAAUCCCAUCAAGACUAUCUCAUGGUUGAAAGACGGAAAGCCUCUUAGUCAUGAAGAGACUGUCCUGAGAAUCGAGAGUGUCAAGAAGGAUGAUAAAGGAAUGUAUCAGUGUUUCGUUAGAAAUGAUCAGGAAAGUGCACAGGCUACUGCCGAAUUAAAGCUUGGAGGUCGAUUUGAGCCACCUCAAAUCCGCUCGGCUUUUCACGAGGAAACUUUGCAGCCAGGCCCAAGCGUCUUCCUGAAGUGUACUGCCAGCGGUAACCCGACUCCAGAAAUCACGUGGGAACUCGACGGCAAGAAGUUGUCCAACACUGAACGCUUCCAGGUUGGCCAAUACGUCACCGUCAAUGGUGAUGUUGUUUCGAACCUUAACAUCUCCAGCAUACAUACCAACGAUGGCGGCCUCUACAAAUGCAUCGCUUCAUCAAAAGUUGGCUCAGCUGAGCAUUCAGCGCGACUGAACGUGUAUGGUCUGCCAUUUAUUCGUCAUAUGGAUAAGAAGGCGAUUGUAGCCGGGGAGACGCUGCGCGUCACCUGUCCGGUAGCCGGCCACCCUAUCGAAAGCAUUGUCUGGGAACGUGAUACUCGAGUACUACCUAUCAAUCGUCGACAGAAAGUCUUCCCCAAUGGCACCCUUAUUAUCGAAAACGUUGAACGUAUGGCUGAUCAAGCAACUUACACCUGCGUCGCCCGCAAUGCUCAAGGUUACAGCGCUAGGGGUACACUCGAAGUUCAAGUCAUGGUCGGUCCACAAUUGUUGCCAAUCGCGUUCAACACUGAGACAGCAAACGAAGGCGACUCUGUAUCUGCGGCUUGUUCAGUUCUCAAAGGCGAUUUGCCGAUGGAGAUGAGUUGGGCAUUUCAAGGUUCGCCAAUCGAGUCUUCUAUUGAUCCAAGCAUCACUAUUAUCCGUGUGAAUAAAUAUCUAACAACGUUGAGCGUGGAAGGUGUUUCUGCAAGACAUGCCGGUGAAUAUUCAUGUACUGCUGCCAACAUUGCCGGUUCCAUCGGUCAUUCCACCGUGUUAACUGUUAACGUACCACCGCGUUGGAUUCUCGAGCCUACUGACAAAGCUUUCGCUCAAGGCUCGGAUGCGCGCGUUGAGUGCAAAGCCGACGGUUUUCCCAAGCCUCAAGUUACAUGGAAGAAGGCUGUUGGGGAUGCGCCUGGCGACUACACCGAUUUGAAACUGAGUAAUCCAGACAUUAGCGUCGAGGAUGGCACCCUUAUGAUUAAUAACAUUCAGAAGACCAAUGAGGGCUACUACCUUUGCGAAGCCGUCAAUGGCAUUGGAUCUGGACUUUCUGCUGUUAUCCUGAUUUCCGUUCAAGCUCCACCCCACUUCGACAUAAAGCUGCGCAAUCAAACAGCUCGUCGUGGCGAACCUGCUGUUUUACAAUGUGAAGCUCAGGGUGAGAAACCAAUCGGUAUUCUCUGGAACAUGAACAACAAACGACUCGACCCGAAGAGCGACUCUCGGUAUACCAUUCGCGAGGAAAUCUCCAACAACGGUGUCAAGUCUGACUUAAGCAUUAAACGUACUGAAAGAAGCGAUUCUGCUCUGUUCACUUGCGUUGCUACAAAUGCUUUUGGCAGUGACGAUACCAGCAUCAAUAUGAUCGUUCAAGAGGUGCCAGAAGUGCCCUAUGGAUUGAAAGUCUUGGAUAAAUCAGGCCGUUCAGUACAGCUUUCUUGGGCAGCACCCUACGACGGUAACAGCCCAAUCAAGCGUUACACUAUCGAGUACAAGAUUAGCAAGGGAUCAUGGGAAACCGAUAUCGAUAAAGUGGUCGUACCUGUGUCACAGCAAAACGUUGCCGGUGUCUUCAAUCUCAGACCUGCCACCACAUACCACAUAAGAAUUGUGGCCGAAAACGAGAUUGGCAAAUCGGAACCUUCGGAUACUGUGACCAUCAUCACAGCCGAAGAAGCACCUUCUGGUCCACCAAGUAAUGUUCGUGUUGACGCUUUGGAUCAACAUACCCUUAAGGUAUCAUGGAAGCCACCACCACGCGACGACUGGAACGGCGAGAUUCUUGGCUAUUACGUAGGUUAUCGUUUAGCUACAUCGGAGAAACCCUUCAUGUUCGAAACCGUCGAGUUCUCUAAGGAAGACGGCAAGGAACAUCACUUGCAGAUCAUGAAUCUCAAGACUUACACUCAGUACAGUGUAGUCGUACAGGCAUUCAAUAAAGUUGGCUCGGGUCCCAUGAGUGAAGAACGACGUGCUCAUACUGCUGAAGGGGUACCUGAACAACCACCUCACGAUACUACUUGCACUACAUUAACUAGCCAGACUAUCAGAGUUACCUGGUCAUCACCGCCUCUUUCUGCUGCUAAUGGUGUCAUCACUGGUUACAAGAUCAUCUAUGGACCAUCUGAAUCAUGGCACGAUGAAAAUACCAAAGAUACCAAAAUUACUUCAUCCAGUGAGACUAUUCUUCACGGCCUGAAAAAGUUCACCAAUUACAGCAUGCAAAUCCUUGCUUUUACUUCCGGUGGUGACGGUGUCAAGUCUGCUCCUAUCCAUUGCCAGACCGAACAAGAUGCUCCCGAAGCACCUACAGCCAUCAAAGCUCUAGUAAUGUCUGCCGAUUCAAUUCUCGUGUCAUGGCGACCACCGAUACAGCCGAACGGAGUAAUAUCGCAGUACACAGUUUACACACGAGCCAACAAUACCGAACAACCAAUCAGCCAAAAGAUAGCGCCUACACAAUUGACUCACGAGAUGUCUGGACUAGAUGAGAAACGCAAAUACGAUUUUUGGGUGACGGCCAGUACAAACAUCGGUGAAGGUCAGCCGUCAAAGAUAGUUACUCUAGCUCCAAGUGCUAGUGUGCCAGCAAAAAUCGCAUCUUUCGACGACAAAUUCGUAGCCACUUACAAAGAAGACGUGAAACUACCAUGUUUGGCUGUCGGUGUACCUGCUCCAGAAGUAACCUGGAAAGUACGUGGAAUUAAACUGACUCCUACAGAUCGUUUGCGUCAAUUGCCGGAAGGCUCGUUGUUCAUCAAAGAAGUUGAUCGUGCCGAUGCAGCGGAAUACUCAUGCUACGUCGAGAAUACUUUCGGUCAUGACACCGUUACACAUAAUCUCGUCGUUCACGCACCACCACAUUCGCCGCAAGUGACUUUAACUGCUACUACUACAAAUUCAUUGACGAUGAAGCUACGUCCUCACGCGACUGAUACUGCUCCGAUUCACGGUUAUACCAUUCACUAUAAACCAGAAUUCGGCGACUGGGAAACCGUACAGAUAAGCCACACUGCUUCCAAAUACACCUUGGAGAAUCUGUGGUGCGGUACCCGAUAUCAGCUCUACGUCACUGCCUACAAUACGAUCGGCAUGGGAGAGCCGUCAGAUAUCUUAAACUCACGCACAAAGGGCUCGAAACCCAUAAUUCCCGAGGCAGCGAGAUUCAUCGAAGUAUCUACUAAGAGUAUCACGUUGCAUCUUCACGCUUGGUCUGACGGUGGAUGUCCUAUGCUCCACUUCGUGGUCGAGUACAAGAAAAAACACACUCAAGAAUGGAUUCAAGUAUCGAACAGCGUGAAGCCAGGCGGUAACUUUGUGGUAAUGGAUCUGGAUCCAGCCAAUUGGUACCACCUUAGAGUCACAGCGCACAAUAAUGCUGGCUUUGCUGUAGCAGAGUAUGAAUUUGCCACUCUCACUGUCACCGGAAGUACUAUCGCGCCGCCAAUUCUAAGUGGUGGCUCUGGCGAUAUGGAAAAAGAUAUCACAAAAGAUGCCGACGUAAGGAAGCUUUUCCCGUGGAUUCCAAAUUGGCUCGAACCUAAUGUGAUUGUACCAGUAAUGGCAACUGUUGUGGUGAUCAUCGUCGGUAUCGUCGUCAUCUGCGUUGCUUUAUCAAGACGUACACGUGGCCCUGAACAAACCAGACUUCGCGGCAUUUCGUCUUCUGAUGAGAAAUAUUACGAAGGCCAAUAUGAUGUAGUAUAUCAACAGACUGGACCAAUCGGAGCAACCUUAGAUAAGAGAAGACCAGACUUGAGAGACGAACUAGGCUAUAUUGCACCACCCAACCGUAAACUACCACCAGUGCCAGGCUCGAACUACAACACUUGCGAUCGCAUCAAGCGAGGGACAGUGAUAACAGGUAGGAACGGCUCGGUAAGAAGUCAUCUUCAUGCGACCUGGGAUCCAAGGAGGCUGCACAUGUACGAAGAACUGAGCCAUUAUGCACCCAACAAGCGAUGCCCUCCACCACCACCUGGACAUGGCAGUAUUGAACAGCUAUCACAACGAGCAGGUAUGGAGGAUGAGAUCUGCCCGUACGCGACUUUCCAUUUGCUGGGUUUCCGGGAAGAAAUGGACCCAAGCAAAGCAAUGCAAUUCCAGACAUUCCCACAUCCCGUCAAUGGUCACUCAGGUACUAUGGGCCCUACGGUCGGCCAUCCGAACAACGCAUCCACGGCGCACAGUCGAUCUGGAUCCCAAAGCAUGCCACGACAAGCCAACGGUGGGCGUUACUCACGAGUACCAUCACAAGGUGGAAGCACAGGUGGCAACACGAACAUAUUCACACCGGAAUACGACGAUCCAGCAAAUUGUGGCACUGAAGACGAUCAAUAUGGUUCACAAUACGGUCAAUAUGGUGCUCCGUACGACCACUAUGGUUCACGGAAUUCCGUCGGUCGUCGCUCGGUUGGCUCAUUGAGAAACUUGCCCGUUUCAAGCUCGCCUGAACCACCACCACCGCCACCCCGAAAUCAUGACCAGAGUAACUCGAGUUUCAACGACAGUAAGGAGAGUACGGAUAUCAACGAUCAGGAUGAUCGCGACCAACUAAUUCGCAAUUACGGAGGAAAUCCUCAUGGCAAGGAUGUGAAAACUGUGGAGGAGAUGCGUAAACUCAUCGAAAGAAACGAAGCAGCCAAGCAAAACAGCUCCUUUAGCAGCCACUCAGGACUCCUCACACCCUACGAUACUGUGGCAGUGUAACCUGUAAGAAGUUGGCGCUGCAACGACCGGGACAAAGAUAACGACGACGACGGUUACGAUGAAGACGACGACGACGACGACGACGACGACGACGACGACGACGACGACGACGACGACGACGACGACGACGACGACGACGACGACGACGA